AAAGAGGGGCCUUUUUUUGGAACUUUUAUAUAAAAGUACAAUAAGUUUUAGAAUUUAUAACUAGGCCGCUUAAAAAAAAGUUUGUUCUUUCGAUGCUGUAACACAGUGGGCUCCUUACAUGAUCUCAGUAGAGGGCAGCAGUGAUCGAUACAUGUCCCAGCUAAGCUGCAAUCAUGCAAGGUGGUCCUUUCCCUGCCUACAAAGAAAAAACUCCAUAAAUCAUGCCCCAAUCGCCACAUUUCGCCACUACAGAUCUUCUUCUCUCUGCUCCUUCCAUGGUAAAAGCUCGGAAUAUGCAGUUAGUGGAAUAUUAAGGCAUCAAAUAAAAAUGAAGAGAUUGCGAAGUCUUUGGUUCAUUAUUUUGAUUAUAGCAUACUGGAGGACAGUGGUCCUAGCAGAGUAUCUGAAGUACAAGGAUCCUAAGCAACCACUGAAUGUUAGAAUUGAGGAUUUACUUGGUCGAAUGACUCUUGCUGAGAAAAUUGGUCAAAUGUCACAGAUUGAGAGAGAAAUUGCAAUGGCUAAUCCUGAGACAUUAAAGACCUACUUCAUAGGCAGUGUUUUGAGUGGGGGAGGCAGUGUGCCUUCGCCUCAAGCUUCUACUGAGGCAUGGGUGAACAUGGUGAAUGGAAUUCAAAAGGUUGCUCUCUCUACUCGUUUGGGCAUCCCAGUAAUUUAUGGUAUUGAUGCUGUUCAUGGUCACAACAAUGUCUACAAAGCCACUGUAUUUCCACAUAACGUUGGACUGGGUGCUACUAGGGAUCCUGCAUUAGUGAAGAAAAUAGGUGCAGUUACUGCACUUGAAGUUAGAGCAACAGGAAUUCCAUAUGUAUUUGCUCCAUGCGUGGCGGUUUGUAGAGAUCCUAGAUGGGGUCGGUGUUAUGAAAGCUACAGUGAAGAUCCAAAGGUUGUUCAAGCAAUGACCGAGAUCAUCCCUGGCUUGCAGGGAGAUGUGCCACCAAAUUCCCAAGGAAUUCCUUUUGUUGCUGGAAGGAGAAAUGUUGCUGCCUGUGCUAAGCAUUAUGUCGGUGACGGUGGCACAUACAAAGGGAUCAAUGAAUAUAACACCAUUGUAAGUGAACAUGGACUACUUAGCAUCCACAUGCCUCCUUAUUACAGUGCUAUCUCCAAAGGCGUAUCCACCGUGAUGGUUUCCUAUUCAAGUUGGAACGGAGUGAAGAUGCAUGCCAACCAUUUUCUAGUCACUGAUUUUCUUAAAAACAAGCUUCAUUUCAGGGGAUUUGUAAUCUCAGAUUGCCAAGGUGUUGACAGGAUAACUACCCCAGAACAUGCAAAUUACACCUACUCGAUCGAGACUGGAAUCCUUGCCGGUAUCGACAUGAUAAUGAUUCCAUAUGCAUAUACAGAAUUCAUUAGUGAUCUGACCAACCUGGUCCAGAAGAACGUCAUACCCAUAAGUCGAAUAGAUGAUGCUGUGCGCAGGAUUCUUCGUGUCAAGUUCACCAUGGGCCUAUUUGAGAACCCAUAUGCUGAUCCCAGUUUAGCAGAUCAGCUCGGCAAACAGGAGCACCGUGAUCUAGCUAGGGAAGCUGUGAGGAAAUCACUUGUGCUUCUGAAAAAUGGGAAAUCUGCCAAUAACCCAGUGCUGCCUCUUCCAAAGAAGGCGAAGAAAGUCCUCGUCGCUGGUUGCCAUGCUGACAAUUUGGGUUAUCAGUGUGGAGGGUGGACCAUUACUUGGCAAGGGGAAAGUGGAAACAGUCUCACAAUCGGGACGACGAUUCUUAAUGCUAUUCGAUCCACUAUUGAUCCGAGCACCCCAGUGAUCUACUCCGAAAACCCUGAACCAGACUUUGUGAAGCUCAACGAGUUCUCCUAUGCAAUUGUGGUGGUCGGAGAGAAGCCAUACGCUGAAACCUAUGGAGACAAUUUAAACCUUACUAUUCCUCCCCCUGGUCCGAGCGUGAUCCAUAAUGUGUGCAGCAAUGUCAAAUGUGUCAUAAUCCUAAUCUCUGGGAGGCCGCUUGUGAUCGAGCCAUACAUUGGCACGAUCGAUGCCCUGGUUGCUGCAUGGCUUCCUGGCACCGAAGGCCAAGGUGUUGCAGAUGUGCUUUUUGGUGACUAUGGGUUCUCAGGCAAGCUUCCUCGGACAUGGUUUAAAUCUGUGGAGCAACUGCCUUUGAACUUUGGCGAUCCACAUUAUGACCCUCUCUUUCCUUAUGGUUUUGGCCUUACAACAAAGCCAGUUAAGGAAAAUUAGGGAGUGCUUUGGUCGCUUAGUUAUGAAUGUUUUAGACUAUCUUGCUUUAAGACUGAAGAGUAGAAUUUUCAGAGUAGCUAAUGACUGAGAUGUUGGUGUCAUCCACAAUCAGUUGACCCUAAACAAUCUCUUGCAAAAUAAAAUUAGACGGCAUAUAAUAUACCCUUCUUCAA